AUGUUUCCAGGUGACACAAUUUUGAGCUUUUUUCUCAUAGCUCAGAUUUUUAUUGGUGUCAUGGCCAACUUGUUUCUCUUCAUGAUCUAUAUUUAUGCCUUCCUAAUCCAGCCUCAGCUGAAGAAGCCCAUAGAUUCCAUUUUCAUGCACCUGACAGUGGUCAAUAUUGUAACCAUCAUGUUCCAGUCAAUACCCGACAUCAUGUCAUCCUUUGGAGUCAAACGUUUCCUAGAUAAUGCUGGCUGUCAAACUGUUUUUUACAUCUACAGAGUUGCCCGAGGUCUCUCCAUCUGCACCACCUCUCUCCUGAGUGUAUUUCAAGCCAUCACUAUCAGUCCCAGUUAUUCUAAAUGGGCAAGGCUGAAAUAUAAGUUGUCUACCUGGAUUUUCCCCUCUUUCCUUUUCUUCUGGAUCAUCAACAUGCUGAUCUACAUCCACAUCAUUGAAACUGUAAGAGCCAAAUGGAAUUUCACUGUUGUUGGUCAUGGAUUUGUUCAUGCAUACUGUCAAACCAGGCAGCUUGGAGUUCACCAGGCAUGGUCAUUUAUAAAUGUCAUAGUGACUCGUGAUGUCCUGUUCGUGGCACUGAUGAUCAUGUCCAGCCUCUACAUGGUGGGGCUUCUCUAUAGACACCGCAGGAGAGCCCAUCACAUCCAUAGCUCCAGCCUAUCCAGGCAGAUGUCUCCAGAAAACAGAGCCACCCACACUAUUAUUUGUCUGGUAUUCUGCUUUGUGCUGUUUUAUUUUUGCAACAACUUUGUGACCCUUUAUGCAUUUUAUAGACCUGAGAAAGACUCAAGAUUGGUGGGCAUUACUGGAAUUUUAUCAUCAUGCUACCCAACUUUCUGCCCAUUUUUUUUGAUGAAAAAUAACAAAAAUAUUCCCAAAUGGACUUCUUCCCUUUCAAUGAUGAGAAUGCCUUUUUCUCCAAGUGCUUUUCUUGGUUGA